AUGAAAAAAUCAAUCCCUACAAAAAAUUCAUUAUUAAAAACUUACGGCGAACGCCCAGUUCCAUUUCAAUUUCCUGAUAAUCAAGAAAAAAUGUAUAUUGGAUCAGAAGUGGGCAACUAUUUACGCCUAUUUCGCGGAACACUUUAUAAAAAAUAUCCAUCUUUGUGGCGCCGUGUUAUUACAUCAGAAGAACGAAAAUGGUUAAUUGAACUUGAAUCCUCAUUACCAACAAAUUUAAUUUUAUUACGUGCAAGUGAAGUUGAGGAAAUAUUAAUUGGAUACGACGAAAAAUAUCGAGCUUUAACAAUGAGUACAGAUGUUAUGACAACACGCACUGAUAAAUCGAAACGAUCAACAUGGUUACCAACAAUUUCAACAGAUUCUCAUCAUCUUGAUACUGUACCAUCAGCUACACCAAUUAAUCGAAAUCGAACAGCAACAAAGAAAAAAACUUUUCCAUUGUGUCUUGAUCAUAUGGAUAUAUCAGCUGCUCUUGAAAAUGCUCAACAAGCUGAAGAUCUUGUUCCUAUUCGACUUGAUAUGGAAAUUGAAGGACAAAAAUUACGAGAUACAUUUACAUGGAAUAAAAAUGAGCAAUUGAUUACACCAGAAAUGUUUGCUGAAAUUCUUUGUGAUGAUCUUGAUUUAAAUACUAUUGCAUUUGUACCUGCUAUUGCACAAGCUAUACGACAGCAACUUGAAGCUCAUCAUGAUGAUUGUCUAGGAGAACAUUGUGAUCAACGUGUAAUAAUUAAAUUGAAUAUUCAAGUUGGUAAUGUAAGUUUAGUCGAUCAAUUUGAAUGGGAUAUGUCAGAUCAACAAAAUAGCCCAGAAGAAUUUGCUCGUGUAUUAGCAGCUGAAUUAGGUCUUGGUGGUGAAUUUGUAACAGCUAUUGCGUAUAGUGUUCGUGGACAACUUAGUUGGCAUCAAAAAACAUUUUCAUACAGUGAAAAAUCCAUGUCAACAAUAGAUGUUCCUGUGCGUACUAAUCAUGAUGCAGAACAAUAUUGUCCAUUUUUAGAAACAUUAACUGAUGCUGAAAUUGAUAAAAAAAUUCGUGAUCAAGAUCGAAAUACAAGACGUAUUCGUCGUGUAGCUAAUACCAGUUCAAAUCGAUAG